GGUUUCUGAGGGCGAGCGCGUAUUGUUUACUAUAGGUUUGUGAUCACAUGUGCGCUGAAAGCCUUUUUUUUUUUUUUUACUUUGUGUUUAAGUGUAGUGACACUUUUUUUUUUUUUUAAAUACCUGUAUUGUACCAAUGGCCCCAGUGAAGGAAGAUGAAAAGAAAGCGCGUAAGAAGAAAGAGAUGAUAACGUUGGAGCUUAAGAAGGAAAUCAUCAAGAAGCACGACCGAGGUAUGCGAGUGGCUGAUCUCUCAAGAUUUUAUAAAAGGUCUUCAUCGACGAUUUGCGCAAUAUUAAAGAGAAAAAAGGAAAUAAUUCGUUUACAUGCAGCAAAAGGAGUCACGAGAGUAUCAAAGCAACGGCCACCUGUUCUGGAAGAUGUAGAAAAGUUGCUUCUCGUGUGGAUAAACGAGAAGCAACUAGCAGGAGAUAAUGUUACUGAGAACUUAAUCUGCGAGAAGGCAAAGGCCUUGUACGCCGACCUUCUGAGUAAACAGCCGUGCACGUCGACAGAAAACGAACAAGACUUCAAGGCGAGCAGAGGAUGGUUUGAUAACUUCAAAAAGAGAAGUGGCAUCCAUUGUUUGAAAAACAGAGAGGCAGCGAGUUUAGACUCUGAGGCAGCUGAUGUGUUUGCCGCCGAGUUCCAGAAGCUUGUGGUUUCUGAGUGUUACCUGCCACAGCAAGUUUUUAAUUGUGAUGAAACCGAGCUUUUUUGGAAAAAGAUGCCAAAGAAUACCUAUCUUACAGCAGAAGAGAAUGCAAGGCCUGGUCACAGGCCCAUGAAAGACCGUCUCACCCUCUUAUUGUGUGCUAAUGCAAGCGGGGAUUUCAAAGUCAAGCCCCUGCUUGUGUAUCAUUCAGAGAAUCCACGAGCCUUCAAGAAAUGCAAGGUGCAGAAGAGCCAGUUAAACGUUAUGUGGAGGUCCAACAGCAGGGCUUGGGUCACUCGUGUCUUGUUCGUUGAGUGGAUCAAUGAGGUCUUCGGUCCUUCAGUGAAGAGCUACCUUUCGGAGAAGGAUCUGCCACUUAAAGUCCUCCUGGUUAUGGAUAAUGCUCCUGCUCAUCCUCCAGGCCUUGAGGACGACUUCCUGGAGGAAUUUAAAUUCAUUAAGAUCAAGUUCCUUACUCCCAACACCACUUCACUACUCCAACCCAUGAAUCAGCAGAUCAUUUUGAACUUUAAAAAACUUUACAUCAAAGCACUAUUUCAGAAAUGUUUCGAAGUGACUGAAAAAGCAAACCAUACCCUUCGAGAGUUUUGGAAAGGUCAGUUCCACAUUGUGAAAUGUCUAGAGACUAUUGAUAAAGCCUGGAAAGAAGUCACCAAGAGAACCCUCAGUUCUGCUUGGCGAAAACUGUGGCCUGAUUGUGUUCUUGAACAUGAAACUGAGUGUUCGGAUAAUGAACAGAAGCCGGUAGUUGAGAUUGAAAAUGAAAUUGUGUCCUUGGGGAAGAAAAUGGGACUGGAGGUGAACGAGGACGACAUUCAAGAGUUGUUGGAGGAACAUGGCCAUGAGCUGACCACCGACGAACUGAUGGAUCUACAUUGCGAGAACCAGCUUUUGGAGGAGAUCUCGUCUGAGGAGGAGGAGAAAGAAACAGAGGAAUCCUUCACUUCAAAUGAGGUUACGGAGAUGUGUCAAAUAUGGGAGAUGGUGCAAAAAUUUGUAGAAAAGCACCAUCCUAAUAAGGCUGUUGUUAAGCAAGCAAUGAAUCUGUGUAAUGACAAUGCAAUGUCACAUUUCCAAAAAAUUCUCAAAAGAAAGCAAAAUCAAGCAUCACCAGAUUUGUUCAUUGUUAAAGUUGAAGUAAAAGAAGAAGAUUCCAGUGAGCCAGUUGAUGAUCACGUUAGUAAUAGUGAAAGUCACCCUACACAAUAACCCUCCCUUCUGCAUGUUUAUUAUUAUUGGUAUUUGUUUUUGCCAUGAUUUGUCAAAUAAAUGAUGGCAAGGUUAAAAAAAUGUUUUUUUUUUCUAAAAAACAGAAAAGCACUAACUUUUACUCUUGACGUAUAGAUAAUCACUUGUAUAGAUAAUCAGCUUUAUGAUAUAAUGCGCAUUUUAACCUGUUUUUCAAUUCAACACAAUUGCAAAAUUGUUACCCGAGUUACUGUAGACUUUGUCAGCUUAAAUGAGUCUAGCCAGUUAUUGAUUUCUCUUAAUCAACAAGACCUAAAUGUUCACAGACCCUCCCAAUUUUUUUUAAAUACCGAUUU